UCGAGCCGGGACUCGCCGCCACCGCGAGUCAAACGCGGCCGAUCGUCGCUUGGACGGUGAGUGUGUGUUUUCUGUGUGAGUGUUUUGGGUGUACAAUGAAAAUGGGAAAGAGAAAAAAACAGGAAGACAGCGGCCAGCAGUUACGUUUUACAUUAUUGUCUACGACUCUCCGGUGAUUUGAAUAAAAUGAAAGAAAAACCAAAUUAAUUCUGCUCCUUCUUGCUUCUUUGUUCAGCUGUGUGUGGAUGUGCGCAAAAGAUUGGUUUUCGUUCCCCAAGUGCUGUGCCUCUCGGUCCAACUUAUUCAUCCUACGCAAUUUGGUUAUUAUCGUUUGUCUGCUUGGGAAGUAUAUUUAUUUUUUACGGAAUAUAUUUUGAUUUUUCAUUACAAUGCGAGUGCCGUGCGAGUGCGCGUCAUUGUUUUAGUACACCCACUAUAUUUUUACUCGGGCGCGGACUCCAUUUUGUGGAGAUGCAAACGUGCAGGACGCUAUACAUGCUAUAUAUUUCUUUCCUAUAAAUGGUCUUGCGCGCGUGACGUGUGCUAUUCCUGUCUCUUUUAUCCCUACACAGUAGCUUAUCCUCUCUCUCUCUCUUCUCUUCCUCUUUUCUCAUAAGAUUGGACCAAACUUUCGGAACUUUCGAGAAAACUGGCAUUUUAUACAAUGAUUUUUUUUUCGUUGCUUGGAAUAAAUGUUUAUUUAAAUAGAAGCCCAGUAAAGUGAUAAAUACGUGUUGUCCCAAGAAGGAAGGUGCAAAAUAUAGUGUGCAAAGGAAAAAAGUGGAGUUCAAACAAUACUUUUCAGUUUGUAAAUUUCAGAUUUAAAGUUGAUUGAUAUCAAAAUGUUGCAAGAAAAGGAAUGUGUUAGUUUUUUUUUCAAUUGUUUGUUCAAAUUUGGUGACCCUGAGUGGUGGUUAAGAUAGUUCUGUGGUUGGGAGAAAUUAGUGCCUUGUUAUUUAAGUGGUUUCUUGUAAAAGAAUAUACUGUUGACAAAAAAAUUUAAUUUGUUCAUUGAGUGACAUCACUUGACAAUUUGUUGUCACCAGAGUUAGUCAAAUGGAAAAGUUCAUACAUGUUGAUUAUCAAGCAACUAGUAUGGUUUAUGUGUUGAGUUCUUAAAUUAUCUUUCAUUAUGAAAUACGAGGACUCGAGCGACGAGCGCAUGACGCCUGAACGACUGCGAAGACGUAGUCGAGGAGCUCGGAGCCCAUCACCACCACCGCGCUCCCGCUACAUCGAGUCCAGUUCGCACCGUGAGGAGUAUCCCCGGCCACCCCGCGAGAUCCCAGCCGAGCGGCCCUACUACAAGAUCCUGCGUGUCAGUGGCAUCCAUCCCAAGGCCAGCGACGAGGCCAUCAAAGAUUCCAUAUACCGCGAAUACAAGAAGUACGGCGAGUUCACCACCAGGAUCGCCUUCGAGGCCGACGAGACCAUCGCCUACGUGUGCUUCCGAAGCCACGAAGACGCUCGCGAGGCCAAGUACCAGAAGCCCCGAGUCCUCAUCUACGAUAAGCUCGCCAUGGUCGAGUCGGUUUACGAGAGACCCGAGACUGCCUACGCUCGUCGUCCGCGCUCCAUCACCCCGCCCGACUAUGACCGAUACUACGCCAGGUCGCCCGGCCCAACGGACAGACACGCCAGGCCCGUUGAGCGCGCCUACGAUCGGGUCUAUGGGCCACCCGUCGGCCUUCCACCCCGGGAACUUCGCCGGGAGCCCUUACCACCACCGCACCACGAGUUCGUCCGGCCCCCGCUUCACCACGGACCCCCGCACGUUCACCCGGGCCCACCCCACCACUACGGCCCCCCGAGACACAUGAUGGUGCGACAUCCGGCCCACGGUUUCGAGCGCGUCGAGAACAAAAAGGACAAGUUCCCGAACUACCUGCACCACGUCUCGCCCGAGGACGAUCCCCUGGCUACGCGCACCCUCUUCGCCGGCAACUUGGAGAUCAACAUAACCGAGGAGGAGUUGCGCCGGAUUUUCAGCAAGUACGGCAUCGUCGACGACAUCGAUAUUAAGCGACCACCACCCGGGACCGGCAACGCGUACGCCUUCGUGCGCUUCCAGACCCUCGACAUGGCCCACAGAUGCAAGGUCGAGCUGUCCGGCCAGUACAUUGGCAAGUUCCAGUGCAAGAUCGGAUACGGCAAGGCGACACCGACGACGCGCAUCUGGGUGGGUGGACUCGGGCCGUGGACUUCAGUGGCCCAGCUCGAGCGCGAGUUCGACCGGUUCGGGGCCAUCAAGAAGAUCGACUACAUAAAGGGCGACAGCAACGCUUACAUACUCUACGACUCGAUAGACGCAGCCCAGGCCGCCGUGAAGGAAAUGCGGGGCUUCCCCCUCGGUGGCCCCGACAGACGGCUGCGCGUCGACUUUGCCGACGUGACGCCGAGCCUGGGCUUCAAGCCCCGGCCCUACCCCGAGGACGGUCCUGAGUUCCGCACUAGCAGACCCGUGGCGGCCGACUACGAUGCCGCCUACGAUCCUUACGGUCCCGACGGCGAGUUCGCCUACAGCAGCUCCAGAGGGUUCCGGGGCGGUGGCAGAGGCUCGUCCACUACCUGGCACGAGGGUCGCGGCGGUAACAGCCGCAGAGGAGGAGCCUAUCGGGGCGGAGCAUAUCCGGAGGGCUAUCCCAGGGAGGAGGCAGACUGGCCGAGCAGUCGGCGGCCACCACCGGAGGUCGACGCUUACGACGCUCCGAGGGCCGUGAGGCGGUCGCUAUCGCGCGAGCCGGGGGUCGACAGGUCGCGCUCGCGAUCACCCAGGAGGCGGCCGGUCGAUUCCGACUCGGACUCGGAGAACGCUCGCAGUGGGAUGCUCAGUAGUUCGCGCACCUUCUCCGACGUGGCGCGCAAGUCCCUGACUUCGUGGUCUGGGGCCCUCAUACUCAAGAAUUCGCUAUUCCCAGCCAAGUUCCAUCUGACGGAUGGUGACGCCGAGAUUACCGAUACUCUCAUGAAGGACGAGGAGGGCAAGCCGAUGCUGCGCAUAACCCAGCGGCUGCGACUCGAUCAGCCCAAGCUGGACGACGUGUCCAAGCGUAUACAGACCUCGAGCGCGCACGCGAUAUUCCUGGGACUGGCAGGCUCGAGCAACGCUGUGUCGAACGACGACGCUAACGUACAGACCCGACCGCUGAGGAACUUGGUGUCGUAUCUCAAGCAGAAAGAGGCAGCGGGUGUGAUAUCGUUGGUCAACAAGGACACGGAGGGUACUGGGGUACUCUACGCCUUUCCACCUUGCGCUUUUUCCACGGAGUUGCUCAAGCGCACCUGUCCGAGCCUCAGCGAGGAGGGUCUCAAAGAAGAUCACCUGGUCAUCGUUGUUGUUAAGGGUGGUAGCGCUUAAGCUCGCGAUAAAAGUUGCUCGUUUUUUUCCCCAAAUGUAAUCUACAUAUUAUUUGUAUACGUGUAUACAUAUAUAAACGCGACAUCGUUCGUUAUGUAGAUAAUGAAAAGUCAUAAGGCUGCGCGAACUUCGAGAUUAAGAAUUAUUUUUCACACGACGGACAAAGAAAAGGAUUUAUUUUACAAUGAAAUUGAGUUUAUUUGAAAAAGACGGGCGAGUCGAAUCGUGUCGAAGUGAAACGUAUGCCAAUUCUAAUGACUAGAUUUUGAAAAAGACUUGAUUUACAUUAUUUUUGGAUAAUUUGCUAAUUGACGCUCGAAAGACAUCCAAUGUUAAAACUAAUGUUAAUACUACCGGUGUGACGUGUUAAAAAAAUGAUUAACAAUAACUCUAAUGGAUACCAUAUCAUAAGCUCAAUUAUGAUAUCAUGAUUAAUAGAUUAUGCUGAUUUGAUGAUUUUAAGUGCGAUUUGAGAUGCCCAAGCCAACAUUUCAAACAAGUUCAUUUUGUUUUGAUUUAAAUCUCAUUUAAUAGAAAUAUCAAUCGCGAAUGAUUUGUACAUUUAUUUUUCUAGAAAUAUGUUAUUAAUAAGUAUAUAAAAGAUUUUUAAGCAAAAACUACACUUUAAGCUUGACACACUUCAAAUUCAUCGAGAUUGUGAAAAACAAUAUUAUCGUAAUCUGCAAUUAGAUUCUGUUGAUGAUGUUUUUUCAUUCGAGAUAAAAUAUGAAUUGCUUCAAUGAGUCUUAGUUUUUGAUAAUUACAAACUUGGUUUUUCCAUUAUUUACAACAAUGAUGGAAUGAAGAUGAAAAUUUGUUUUAAAAUUAAAAGUAUUACACUAGUUGAAUCAAAGUAUCACGUGUUCAAUUAAAAAAAAAAAAAUAGUGGUUUUGUGCUUGCAUUUAGAAAAAAAAUCAUUUGAAUUUAACAGUCAGAAUUGGUAAAAUGGUUGAAAAAAAAAGUAGCAAGAGUGAUCAGACGACGCAUACUCACAAUAGAGAUGUAUAAACUAGAAAUAUUAAUGCAAAAGUUGAAAAAAAUUAUCCAUCAACAGGUUCUAUAAAUAUCGCUCACCUUAAUAAUCAUCAUAAUUUUAAUUUGCAUAUUAUUAAAUUUGCAAUAAUUAUCUAAUUAUUCUCAUGUAAUAAUUUAUUUUUAGUAUUUUAUAUGUGAAUUAAUUGCACUAACUCGACCUGCAGUUUAACGUUCUGUUAAAUGUUUCUUUAAACAUGUAAGAUACUCUAACAUCUAAAAAAGUCAUAAAGAAUUUGAAGCAAUAAAAUAUUGCGAUCUGAUAUUUGUAUAAGGUUUUAGAAAAAAAGUGUGUGAAAGACCUGGGUUAAUGAUUGUGUUAAAGACCUAAGCGAUUUUGCGAUAUUUUUCUAUUUCUUAAUUUAAUAUUUAAUUUUAAACAAAAUAAUGACAAAUAUGUAUAAUAAGUAAGUUAGUUAAGAUAACAAACUUAUGUAAUCUUCAGCAGACAGUUAGAACUGUUGAAAAAAAUUUAUAUUACCAGGAUAUUUUUUUCAGGUGUGAUAGUUGUGGUUCAGUGAAAAGAACAAAAUGGACAGUGUUUUUUAGGGGGAAAGAAUCGAAAAAAUUUUAAUCCUGAAAAAUUGUGUACAGUGAUGUAGAAAAAAAAAAAAAAGAAAAAAAAAAA